AUGUCAUUCAAUCAACACCACGGACAUCGUCCAUCCCUCACAGCCGGAGAGCCAAUCGAGAAUCAAAUAGCGACGAGCCCAAUCGACACCGAUUUCUCAGUACCGACAACGCCCGUCGACUCGGUCUUUUCUCAUUCCUCGGUUUCCUCCUCAUCGUCCUCGCCAAUGGAUAUUUCCUUUACAGACUCGUUUCCCCGGGAAUGCUCAACAAGCAGCAAUGGCAACGACAGUAUGGCAACGCCUACGAACCCUAUAGUCAGCCCUACUGCCGCCUGCUUCAACACGCAACCCGUCAUCGCGACUCUACAAAAUUCUUGCUCCUCUUCCUCUGCCCUACCCAUACCCGGCCCGACCCAUCUCGCACAGCCAAGCCAGACCUUUUCCGCCCACCGCCUCUCCUCAUUACACGACCAACCACUGAGCGGCCACAGCAGCAGUAUAAAGAAACAAAACCCAGCCUUUGCCAAAAAGCUCCAAGAAAUGGCCCUACCGCUGGCCCCUCUAGUCCAGCUCACCACGGGCCUCGUGCACCCCAGCUUCCCCUCGACGCUGCUCCGGUUCUGGCUCCUGACCGACGCCGAGCUCGAGGGUCUCGCGCACUUUUACCACCAGCGCACGCCCUGCCGCUGGACUUUUCACUACCCCUGUCCCGUGGCCUGGGAGACGGGUCUCGCCCUCGAGGAGAAGCGUCGGCGCAUUGGCAAAUUCAUCGGGCUCCGGGGCUGCGAGACUCCCGUCCGUGUCCGCUCCGAGGAUGAGAUUAUGGAGGAGGCUCGGCGCGCCCGCGAAAGGGAGGAUGAGGAUGAGGUCUGGAGGCGGAAAUUGCAUUGGUAUUAA